CGUGAGCAGAUCGCUGAAGAGCCAGUGCAUCCACCAGAUACUAUUAUAUCCAUAUCCAUAAACAUAUUCGUGUUCGGCUUUUCGAUUCGGGUUUUUUGGAAAAUAGACUUUAAAAAUGGAACAAAGCGCCGUUGUUCUUCUGCGUGCCGAUAAGUGUAUAUGAAUCAAGAGUGUUUGUGUCCGAGUGUUUGUUGACUUUGGUUUCUUGAGACAUUUGAUUUCUUCUAACGGUGCUAGUGUGAUAUAUUAUAUAUCCGUAUCGAAGAUAACGAGAGAGAAGGAGGCCUAUACCAUCUGCAAAAUGGACUGGCAGCCAACCAUUAUAGCAGGCCUGAUCUGUCUGCUCCUGCCAACGCAGAUUUCCUUGGCCAAGGCCUGGAGUUUGCCAUCCCGCCAUUCAAAUCAACUGGCUUUAAAUACAGCACCUGUUGGCCGACGAUUAAAUGAGGUGUCCCCAUAUCUGGACCUGGCAUUGUGCCCCAUUCGAGCGGAACCCUGGACCUGUGCUCGUCAGCAAUCUGGACGGAUACUGGACGCCUGGGAUGGAGAACUACAUCUCCAGUGGCAGAAGCUAAAAGUCGAGGCCGAUCGUCAGAUGAACGCGACGAUUGAGAGACGCGGCUACAGCACUUCGGAGUUGCCCGUGAAAGAGAAGCCAUCGACGAUACUAAAGAAAAUUGAAAUUGGCACGAAUUAUAUGAAGAAAUACCUGGCCGAGUCCAUGGAUGGCUUCCUGGGACGCGAAUACGAGUAUUUGCAGACGCCGAAAGCUGCAGAUGAUAAUGAUAGUGAAACCGAUCAGAGUGGAAAUAGUGUCGAAGACGACGACGAGGCGGAUGCGGCGGAUGAUGCCAGUAAUGCCGCUGAGGAGGAGGAGAACGCGGAUGACGAGGAUGCGGAGGCCAACAAGGAGGAGGAGGACGACGAUGACAACGACGACCAGGACCAGGAGGAUGAGGAUGAGGAGGAUGACGACUCGGACAGCACUGGGGAGCAGGAACAGGAUAAGGAGCCCGAGGCCGACGGUGACGCCGAAGACGAGGAUGUGGAUGAGGCGGUAUCUGCACCUGAGAGUGAAAAUGAAAAGGAAAACGCACCCAGUGUCUUCAGUGGUACGCCCGCAGCGCAACCUCAAAGUGAUGGAAAAAAUCCCGUCCUCACCGAAGACAACACUUCAACAGGUGUGGAAUUCAUCGAGCUGGAGGACGCCGAGGAAAAUGCGGCGGGUGCACUGAAAAAACCCGGGGGUGGUAAGCGAAAGAAGAACAAGAAGGGCGGCAAGCGCAAGAAGAACAAGAAGAAGGGUCAUGGUCAGGAGACGCAGCCCGCCACCCUGGUGGUCGUCCAGGCGGCACCAGAGCACCAUGAGUUCGACUCGGGACACGAAAGUGGAUCCUCGGUGGUAAGCCAUGACCACGAUGACAACGAGGAGUCAGUGGGCAAGCCAAUGAAGAAGCGGAAGCACAAGCGCCGCAUGAAGGGCAAGCGGAAGCAGAAGCGCAAGGGUCAACACGGGUCAACGUCGGUGGUGGAGCACGAGCCGAGCGACCUGAGUCUGGGACUGGGACUCCUCGACGAACUGGCGGAUGCGGAUGAUGUCUUCUCGGGAGUCGGCGGGGGAAAGCGCAAGCACAGGAACCCACUUAAUUAUGGUAGAAGUAACGGAGUGACCCGUGGCAAGAAGAAGAAGAAGAAGAAGGCCAUCGCCAAGUUCAUAAUGAUUGGCAGUUUCUUGAAAGCCAAAAUCGAACUACUGCUGAAGAUCCUGGGCGCCCAUCUGCAGGUCAAGUUCUUUGCCAUAGCCCUUAUCGGUCUGCUGAUCAAUAUAGCCCGAUUCUGGAUCGAUGUAAAACGGGGCAGUCCGCCCUCUAAGGUUGUAUACGUUGAACAUGCCCACCAUCAGCACCAUUACGAGGACCAUGGGGAAGAUUGGAGCGAGCCGGGAAGCUAUUGGAAGCGGUCCCUGCAGACGGAUCCCUCGGUCGAGGACGUGGACUCCUCCACGGACAGCUACCAGGUCCGCCAGCCCCAGCAGCAGCAGUCGCAGUUCCAGGAUCCCCACUAUCUCGCCUAUCGCAACCAGUGGCAGUAACCCCGAACUGACCUCCAAUGGAGACAUUAUUUAUUGUAUUUAUUUGAUUUACAUUCGUACUACGAUGCUGAUUAUUAAAUAAUCCCUAAGGUCCUAGAGCAA